AUGUUUGGACCUGUGACUAUCUCCACGCAGAUCGAGAUCUCAGCCUCGCCGGCCACUGUCCGAUCGGCAUUCCUGGAUUUCGCUCGAGUCAAGAAAUGCACCGGCUGGUCCAUUGGGGUCAAGGGCUCAAACCAGCAGCCAGCCGAAUUAACGAAGGGAGACCGCCUGAGGGUAGACUUGGGGGGACUUGCAUUCUCUCCCAACGUGUUGCACAACGAGCCUGAACUUUUCAUCUGGGACGGAAAUAUUCCGGGAAUCAUAUCUGGGAAGCAUCACUUUUAUUUCUCCCCAAGCGAGACAAACCCGGGAGGUACCACUUUUAUCCAGAAAGAGGAUUUUACAGGCAUCUUGACGCUUUUCUGGCCUCGGGCGAGCACCAAAGCAUGGUCCAACGAGAAAUGGAAUGCAUUUAAUGAAGCUUUGAAGAAGGAGGUUGAGCAAUCUUAA